CCCGGCACCGGGACGGACUCCGAUCGCCGGGCUGCGAUGCUUCCCGGGGCGGGUCCCCUCGUCUUCCUCCUCCGGUGCUUGCUGCUCCUCUUCGCCUCCGAGAGCCGAGCCCGGGCUCGGCCGGAUACGUUCUGCGACUUCAACGGCAAGAAGUACAGCCCCGGGGAGAGCUGGCACCCCUACCUGGAGCCCCAGGGGCUGAUGUACUGCAUCCGCUGCAGCUGCUCUGAGAACACCAACAUCAGGUGCUACCGGAUCCAGUGCCCAGCCCUGCAAUGUGCCAACCCCGUCACGGACCCCCAGCAGUGCUGCCCGAGGUGUCUUGAGCCACAUUCCCCUUCCGGCCUCCGGGCGCCUGUCAAGUCCUGCCAGUACAAUGGGACAACCUACCAGCAAGGGGAGAUGUUCAGCACCAGUGAGCUGUUCCCCAGCCGCCAGCCCAACCAGUGUGUGCAGUGCAGCUGCUCCGAAGGCCAGAUUUACUGCGGCUUGGUGACCUGCCCGAAGCUGUCGUGUUCCUCUCCGUUAACCGUGACGGAUUCCUGCUGCCAGGUCUGCAAAGAUGGCUCCCAUGAGAAGUCCACAGAGGAGGAACCCCUGCAGUUAAACAGAGGUGUUAGACACUCGCAAGACCAGUGCUCAGGGGAGGUGAUGGGCAGGAAGCCACCUGGAGCCACUGUGUCCACUGUCCUCAGUUCUUCCCUCGAGUUCAUUCCCAGAAGCUUCAAACCCAAGGGGGCAGGUGGCACCACUGUGAAGAUCGUCUUGAAAGAGAAGCACAAGAAAGCUUGUGUUUACAACGGGAAGACCUAUUCCCAUGGGGAGGUGUGGCACCCUGUCUUUCGGCUCUACGGCCUCCUGCCCUGCAUCCUCUGCACUUGCAGGGACGGCGUCCAGGACUGCCAGAAGAUCACAUGCCCCAAGGAAUAUCCAUGUGACUAUCCAGAAAAAGUAGACGGGAAAUGCUGUAAAAUAUGUCCAGAAGGUAGAGUCAAACCCACGGAUGAAAUAGUCACCACCCGGUGUGGCAAGAACCCCGGCCGUGUCCUGGUGUACAUGUUUGUGCCACCGCGCUCGGAGAACUCCAAGGAGAUCCUCAGGACAAUGGCCAUCGAGAAGGAGCUGGCGGAGGAGGUGGAAAUCUACAACUGGAAGCUGAUUAAGGGAAUAUUCCAUCUGAUCCAAACCAAGAAGAUCAGCAAACAAGAAUUCAAGCAAGAAGCACAAAACUUCAGGCUGAUCACCCGGACAAACGAAGGUCACUGGAACAUCUUCCGAGCCCAGACGUCAGAGCUGAGGAUGACAGAGAGCCCAGAGAAGGAAACAAAGAACUUGUAAAGCAAAAAAAACUUUACCCUCGCUUUUGAUUUAUCUGCACCCCCACACAUACACAUACAUAUGAGAACCAGAGCUGCAUUAUUAAAUAGACUGGCACUUCAAUAAAGGAUGCACUAGUGUAAGUUCCAGAAACUCCAGAUCCCAGUUGAUCCGUGUCCAAGCCGCAGCCAUGGAGGUGCCUCUCUCCAGCCUCUCUCCCUCUUCUGCUAUCCUUGGAUAUGCAGAGGGAAGAGAGUGAAACGGCAGAGGUGUGAGACCUGGUGUGACAUGAAGAGGUGGGAUACAUCCCCGACACCCCGGCAUUCUCAAAGAGCACCAGGAGCAAAGCUUGACUGCGCAUCUUUCCAAUCACCGCCGCAAAGAUGACCUGCAAGGAAAGAAAAAUCAUCCUUGUUUCUUUUCCUGGAGCCCCUGUGAUCUGCAAAGGGUUUCUUUGGCUGAAAACCCU